CCGUAUUCGUUCCUUCUCCGAGACGGAACUCGCUCUCCGUUGGGAAUGUGCAUAAAGCUUUUGGUCAAAGGUCCUGUGACUAUCAAAAUCGAAUAGCACAACGCAAGCCGGAAACACAUCUCCGACCACAAACGCGUAUAUCAAGCUUACAGCAAACAUGUAUCCUGCUCUUUGCAUCAAUUCAAAUUAAUCAUGAAGUCCAUCUCGAAUAAGCUCGCAAUAGCUACGCCGUCUUUGGGACUGCACAAGUCGCACACGCUGGAUCGCAAGAUUAUUGCAGCGGCAGAACAAGGCUUCCAAGGCAUCGAGAUUGUGUUUGGCGAAAUUGAAACACACAGCCAAAACCAGCACAUUUCCAUCCAUGCUGCCGCCAAAGAAGUUCGCCAGAUGUGCGACGACCACAGGCUUCAGGUCGUUUCAUUAUGCCCAUUCGAGAACUUUGAAGGAAAUCGUUCCCCAAUCGAAGAGCGACUGAAGAAGGCGAGCCUCUGGGUGGACAUUGCUCGAACCUUAGGUGCUCUUUUUAUCCAAGUGCCUUCUCAAUUCGACCUCAGCGCCUCCAGAUCUGAGCAAAUCAUCGUCAGAGAGCUCCAGCAGCUUGCGGAUCUUGCCAGCAUUACCUCACCUGUCGUCAAAAUAGCCUAUGAGCCAAUGUCCUGGGGAAUCUGUUACCCGACCUGGGAAACUGCUCUACGACUCACCAACCUUGUUGACCGCCAGAAUUUUGGCAUUUGUCUUGACACUUUCCACAUCGGCACCAGGCUUUGGGGCAGUCCGCUGGUGUCAUCUGGCAAGUAUCUCAAUGCAGAUGCACACUUGGCAGAUUCUCUCCGUCGUUUCCUCGCCGAGUUUCCUCUCGAAAAGCUGUUUUUCGUACAGCUGUCUGACGCAGAACUUCUUGAUCCUCCGCUUUCGACAUCGCAUCCAUGGUACCUGGAGGGAGAAGCCGCAGAGUUCACUUGGUCGAAGCACGCAAGACCGUUCCCUCUGGAAGCCGACAAGGGAGGUUAUCUACCCAUCGUCGAAAUCUUGAAGGCAUGGGUUGUCGACAAGGGGUUCACGGGUUGGAUCUCAUUCGAGAGCUUCGACCGCCGCAUGACCGAGGAGUCCUAUGAUCCGAAGGUUGCCGCGGUAAGAGCUAGGAGGUCCUGGGAGAAGAUCCUACCCCUGGUCUUGCCAGUCAAAGCAACCCUGUGACGAUCAGAGGUGAGGUGAUGGACGAUUGCAUCCUGAUGUAGACAUGUGAGACAGACAUGAAAUCCUGUUUUCUCAAGCAUUGAUACCAAGCUCAAGUGUAUAUUAUGGAAUAUUCUUUAUUGACAUU